AUGGAGACGCCACGAAAUCCAGAUAAAGUUGAUUUUGGAUUGGGUACAAGCGAUCGCAGGCACGCUUAUUGGCGUCAAUCUUCUUUCCACAAACAAUCGCGAGAACCCAAAACCCCAAUUUCUAUCAUCACGAAUGAAGCAACAAAGCCUUUGCUUGCACGCACUGUAUCAAGCAUUGACAUACCGCCGGAUGUUCAAUAUUCUUUUGAUGAUUCAAACGACACCAUUUCCGAGGACCCAAAGAGGAAGUUAUCGGAUUUGGAUUCUGUGCUUUCGAUGUUUAGGGUUAUUAGGUCUGGGAAUAGACAAAUGAGGAGGCUUUUCUUGAUGAUUUCGCUUAAUGUUGCGUAUUCUACUGUUGAAUUGGCGAUUGGACUCUUUACGGGUCGAGUUGGGUUGGUAUCUGAUGCGUUUCAUUUGACAUUUGGGUGUGGGCUAUUAACGUUUUCGUUGUUUGCCAUGGCUGCGUCUAGGAGGAAGUCUGAUCACGCCUACACUUAUGGGUACAAAAGGCUUGAAGUCCUGGCUGCUUUCACUAAUGCUCUGUUUCUUUUGUUCAUGUCAUUCUCGUUAGCUGUGGAAGCACUUCAUGCAUUCAUCCAAGAUGAAUCUGAGCACAAGCAUUACUUGAUUGUUUCUGCGGUGACAAAUUUACUGGUGAAUCUUAUUGGCGUUUGGUUCUUCAGGAAUUAUGCUCGCAUUAAUAUUGUCUACAGAAAAGCAGAAGAUAUGAAUUUUCAUUCAGUUUGCUUGCAUGUUAUUGCAGAUUCAAUUCGCAGUGCAGGUUUGAUAUUGGCAUCCUGGUUUUUGUCCCUUGGGGUUGACAAUGCUGAAGUUAUAUGUUUGGGGAUUGUUUCUGCUGCAGUCCUUAUGCUUGUCCUGCCGCUCUUUAAAGCCACUGGUGGCAUCUUGCUUCAAAUGGCACCACCUAGCAUUCCACCUUCAGCAUUGAGCAAAUGCUUGAGACAGGUUAUUGCUCGUGAAGAUGUUACUGAAGUUUCUGAAGCUCGUUUCUGGGAAUUGGUGCCUGGUCAUGUUGUUGGUUCAAUUUCACUUCAGGUGAAGGAGGGGGUGGAUGAUCACUUGAUUCUACAAUAUGUACAUGGUUUGUACCAUGAUCUGGGAAUACAGGAUCUGACAGUGCAGACCAAUUAUGAUUGA